AGCGCAAGCAUCUGUAUGGAGACAUCAGAUGUCCCCACCGUCGCAGGCAGCACCCUUGUGUACGGUGAAUAUCAUCACGGUAAAGCGACGUGUGAUGACGAUGACCGUCUGCGCUUUUGUGCGCGUGCUCUGCAGGUAUUCAAAGCCCAGCCGAUACGAUACUUCUUACACGCAUUCCUCCUUAUCGGCACCACCUUGGAACUCUGGGUAUUUGAUCGUUCGGGUGCAUACAGUAGCGAGAUGGACCUGGUACAGGAGGACCCCUGCCUCGUUCACAGCCACUUGGUCGGGCUCGGAACGACCUGCAUUGCGGCCUCGGAAUCGACCCCCUCAGAGCCAAGCGUUGUCGUCAAAUUCUCUUGGCGAGAAGACAAUGCACCUGCGGAACUUCAGCUGCUGGAGUUGACCGGCCAGCGCAAGGUCUGGGGCGUCAUCGAGCUCCUCGGCCGGGAAGACGUGGCCAAAAUCAGCGAGCUUCGCGAGGGGCUGCAGUUCCCUCAACCCGUUGUCAACCGGACCCUGUCGUGCGUUGCAACUAGCCCCCUAGGCCGCCCAAUCCGAAAGUUUGCGUCUAUCCGCGAGCUUCUAGAGGUCUUGGGCGACCUCGUCAAGGCCCUCCAGUCGCUCUACGUGGAUGGCAGGAUGCUCCACCGGGACAUUGCCAUUAAGAAUUUGAUCAUCAAUCCGGAGCCCAGCAUUAAGGGCUCCAGAGGUGUCUUGAUCGAUUUCGACGCAGCUCUAGAUCUCGACAAGGCUUCUGAUGUUGAGCCGCUGGUUGGAUCAGAUGGGUUCAUGGCCAUAGGCAUCCUCCUUGGGGAGCGACACACGUAUCGACACGACUUGGAGUCCCUGUUUUAUGUGUUUCUGUGGCUGGCUAUCGCAAAUGACAGCGAGCAUGACCAUGCCCAUGAAAUUUUGGAGCGCCUGCCAGAUGAUUCUCGGUUGCGUAAAUGGUGCUCAAUGGAUUUUCGUGCUGUUGGGGAAGCAAAGACUGCCGACAUGAGCCCUAAAGGCUUUGAGGGAAUUUUGGGUGAAUUUUCCACCGAGUUUAUUCCACUCAAAGAUCUUGCUAAGGAGCUACACGAGCUGCUUUUUCCUAUGCACGACGGGAUGAUUCUCACGGGGACUGAAAUAAAAUCUGAGGCAGUCAAACGACUCUACGAAAAGAUGUCGAAAGCUUUCUACGACCGCGCCCAUACAUUCCAG